AUGAUAAAAUGGCAUCGGCGGCGAGCGAUAACAAAUACAAAAUCGAUCGAUGAGAAGGAAGUAGCGACGGUGCAUUUGACGUUUUAUCCGAAGGCAAUGUCGAAUACAUACCGCGGGAAACUGAUGCUUUUUUUUCUCCGAAGAUUGCAGAUUCCAUCCGCAUGGUUAAAGCGAGUGCCUGCAUGCAAGGAAAAUGGUUGUGAUGGUUCGUACUGCUCACGUGAGGAACAUUGCCAUCGCGUUCAAGUUAUUGUCGUAACACGAUCAUCGACAUAA